AUGCCAAGACCUGUAAACAGAAAAUUAUUAGAUCCAAUAACUGACAGGAAUAUUAACCCUAAGCCUUAUCUUGGCUACAUGUUUGAAACUGCUCAACAUAAUUUAGACUCUGAAAUUUUAAAUGCAAUACGACAACGCUGCUCCACCUUAUUAUUGCAAUUACUUAAGGAAUUGCAACAAAGGCUUCCAGACAACUACAAGCAGCUAGAAUCAAUGGCGUUGCUAAGUCCAGAGGAGGCAAUAAAACCAAUCAAAUCAAACACUAUCAUCGACGUUGCUGAAAUUUUUGGAUUUACACCAGAAAUAAUAGACAAGAUAAUGCAACAGUGGCACAUUCUACAUAUAAAUAAAUGGCAUUCUGAAGAAAUAGUUCAGUUUUGGGUCGAAGUAAAAAAAUUUAGUAAUUCUUCCGGUGACAACAUAUAUCAAGAUAUAAGUACUCUUGCUUUAACUUGCCUGACACUGCCACAUUUUAAUGCAGAGGUAGAAAGGUUAUUCUCUCAAAUUAAUUUAGUUAAAAAUAAGCAAAGAAACAGAACGAGUUUGGAAACUCUGAACUCAAACCUCUGCAUUAGAGACUCCCUCAGGAAAAGUGGUAAAUGCUGCUAUAACUGUGUUUUGCCUAAAGACGUACUGCAUAAAAUGGGCUCCGUUGAAAAUAUUCGAAAUCAAUGA